AUGACAUAUGACCAAGCAAAUAUGAGGUUUUCAUUUGUACUUUGCGUUUCACUUGCUUUCUGUGGAACUAUUUUCGCACAAAUCAAUCCACAGUUAAAUGCACAACUUCGUCCCGGCCAAAUUGGUGGUGUUCCCGGUCAAUUCGGAGUUCCUGGCCAAAUCGGAGGAAUUCCGGGCCAACUUGGAACACAAUUUAAUCAAUUUGGAAUGCAAGGACAAUUAGGAAUGAACCAGUUUGGAGCCUUCAAUCAAUUUGGAAACCAGUUUGGUAUAAAUGGUCAGUUCGGCCGUAAUCCAUCUCUUGUACCUAGCGGACAACUUGGUGGAUUUGCCGGAACUACAGGCUUCAACCAGUUCGGAACUACUGGAUUUAAUACACCACUGGGAUCUCCCUUUGGAAAUCAGUUUGGUACAGGAUUUAACCAGUUCGGAACCGGUUUCAACAAUGGCCUAAAUACAUUCAACCGUUUUGGACAACCUGGUAUGGUUGGUCAAAUCCCAGGUCAAUUCAACCAACUGAACCCUGGACUCAGACAACCAAUUGGAAAAUAA